AUGGUAGUCAGAUUUAGCAGAACUUCUGGAAACCACAUCGGUAUCGAGUCUCCUAGUGAUGAUGUAACGUCGAUGGCUAAUGAAUUCAAAAGCAAGGAAAAAAUGGAGUAUGUCAAAGUCAUUGGUUUGAUGUCGUCCGAAUAUCGAUGUACGGAGGAAGCUAAGACAUUAAUCGAGCAGAUCGAAACUGUUGUCAACUGCACAAAAGUGUACGAAAAUCUUGAUGAGUGUGAAAAAAAUAUUCGUGGAACGCACGGUCAAUUCCAAUCUGCAUGGGUGUUUCUCAUUGUCACACAUGAAUAUAUCGAGUCUAUUCUUCAGCGAGGCCUCCAUGAUGUUCGAGCUAUACAUGCGAUCUUCAUACUCAUAAAAGACGUUUCUUUUAGUGCCCAUACUGCGGAUCACGAUAAGGUCAAAGGAAUAUUUUCGAAUGAAACUGAUCUGCUCAAACAAUUGUUUCGGAGUAUUAGUUGGUUUUCAAAUGCAUAUCGCAUAGUGAGCUCAACACUUGCCGGAGAUGGAAUGGACAUGACAACAAAUAUUGUGAACAAUAUCGCUGAUUAUUCAGAGUUGUGGUUCCCUUUAUUCAUUGAUUUUCUUCUCGAUUUACCUUUAUCAAAAAAUGCCAAGAAGCGAAAACGAUAUCAACUACAUUUUGUCAAUCAGUGUCGACGUUUCUAUGCAGGUAAUGAGCAAACGCUGCAUAAAAUCGACCAGUUUCUGGCACCAAAGACGGGUUAUUCGUCCAAAAAGGCGCUGCGGUUUUAUACCCAUUCGCAAUUUCUGUACGAACGAGUGAACAGAGCCUUACGUCAAAAAAAUAUUCUAGGCAUCUUGGAUUUUCGAUUUUUUCUCAUUGAUAUGCGAAAACAAUUACAGAGAGCCUAUAGUAAGUUCAGUACACAUCAUGGCAUCGGCAAGACGAUGACAUUGUAUCGUGGACAACGAAUGUCCUCCUUGGAAUUCGCUAGACUCCAAGAGAAACGUCGUAGUGGUUCAUUAGUGACCGUCAACAGUUAUCUAUCCACUAGCAUGGAGAAAGACGUUGCGAUUCUCUUUGCCACAGGCCUUGCUACGAGUCAAAUAAUUCCGGUCCUUUUUGAAAUACAAGCCGAAUUGAAAGACUCUCGAAUCGUUCGGCGAAAACCGUUCGCAUUGAUAUGUUCCUAUAGUCAGUUUCCGGAAGAAAAAGAAGUAUUAUUCUCUAUCGGCUCGUUUUUUCGUAUUCACGACGUCCAUUAUGACGAGACACACAAACUGUAUAUUGUACGUAUGACAUUUAUCUACGAUGAAGAGAGUUCCAUAAUUACCAAUGAUUACACCGAAUUAUGUACGUGCUCACUUGAAGAGAAACUCAUCAAAACCGGUAACCUUCUUUCUAAUUAUGAGGACAAACAAACGUCCAUGAAAACCCGAACUUUCUAUGAAUAUUUUCUCUACGGUCGCUAUUCAUUGUCUAUUAAAUCAGCUUGUUAUAUUGGUCUCGGUUGGUUGGCAUUCAAACAGAAUCAACCGGAUGAAGCUAUCGGCUACCAACAAAAAGCUCUAGAAAUCACCGACACAUUGCAUCAAGGAGACUAUCUGAAAUCAUUGGUCGCGACAAGUUAUAAUUCCAUCGGAGCAGUAUAUCGGCAACAAAAUCAGUAUGACAAAGCAUUGGACUCGUACAAGAAAGCUGACGCGAAAGGGCGGGGUGUUGUUCGCAUCAACAAAUACGAGGUUUACAACUCGUUCAACAAUAGUGCGUCGAUGAAUAUUGCUGUGCUAGAGAUUCUGCGUGGAUUUCCUGAACAAGCUUGGUCAACCUAUAAGAAAAUCGUUGCUCACGAACUGAAUGGUUCGGAACGUUUUCGUGCAGCUGUCUACGUGAAAAUUGUCGAAGCAGGCUUUUCCAAUACGACCAAUCCGCGUCUCAUGAGCCCAACGAACGUCUGGGAAAGAUUUCUUGAGUUAAGCUUCAAUGAAAUGUCAGCGAGCUAUCGACGAAGUAUCAUUUCUGGGACGUUUUCGAUUUGCUUUCGAAUUAAAGACAGUCCGUGGAUGUACGAUAAAGUCGCUAAAUAUAUGGAAAAAUUGAUUUCUGUGUGUCAAAAAUUCGAGCGACUCACCGUCGAUGAACAUGUGAUUGUACUUCAAUGUCAUUGUGAACUAGCUCAACUCUAUCAACAACAACAUCACUUCGCAAAGGCUAUCGAUCAUGUUUCGAACGGUAUCAAACUAUGUCGUGAGCAUGAUUCCGAAGAACUAAUGACCUUUUAUCAGCUUCUUGGCGAGAUUUCUCAACGACAACUUCAAGAAUAUCAUGAUUGUUUGAGGUCGGAUGAUAUUUGUUCCUUGAUAUUAGAUCCAUCGAAUGAAUCGCAUGUCAUGCAAACGCACUCGACACAGCGAGCGAACAGAUUCGAGUUUCGACCGAAUGAGUUUGCAUUUGGUCAAUACAAGAAAAAGCUGAGUCCUGCUAUUCUCAAAGAAACACAGUUCAGCCGUCGUAUCACUUACUGUUCCUUGAAAUUAGCUGCAUUGUUACAUGAAGACAAGAAAGUUCCUUGGCAACGUGUCAAGGAUUUACUGGAUCAAGCCUUAUCUGUAACUCCCGAUGAUGUAUCUGUCCAACUCAUCCACAAACAUAAUAUGUUGUAUGUUAACAAGGACUUCGAUACGCUGAUUAGUCUCUAUGAACAAGACAUCGAAGAUCGGUCAGGUCAAAGUUCGUGUAUCGAUGAAGAUGCAUUUUGUUAUGUCGCUCAUUUGUAUAAGGAACAAGGCAAUCAAAAUCAAGAAGAACAGUGGUACAAGCGUGUGAUGCAGCGCUUCGAAGAACAUCAGUAUGUUUGCCAACAUACUCGAAUGUGUUUUAGCAAAGCGGCUCUGUUUUAUCAAAGCAUCAACGAUCGAAACGCGUUUGCGUUCGUCUACCAACGACUCGUUCAUCAUCUUCUUCACGACCAUCACAAAACGCCUCUUCUUCAACGAUUCAUUGUCGCUACGAUUGAAACUAUCAUAUUACCGGUGACGAUGGUUGACAGUAAGCCCAAGGAUACUAUUAUCUGCGAGCAUCUUGUAGAACUCGCCAUGAAACAGCCCGACGAUUUCCUUGGCAUGCAUGAAGAAUUCGAACAGAUUAUUCAUUUGUGUCGAAAUCACGUGGAUCGUCGAAAGAUGGUGAUAUGUGCCUAUUGCCGGUAUUUGGAAGUUCUCUUCACAUACACGCAACCGUCAUCGAUCGUCUACGUUCAACAAAUUCGACCAAGUUUCGAAGCGGCAAUCCGCGCCUACGAACGUACAGGGGAUCUCUCCGCCGCUAUUGAGACCUAUCAAAGUUUCACUCGUCUUAUGAUAAAAUAUUCCCACAGCCGUGAACAUAUUAUCGAUUCGUUCAAAGAACUUGGUUUUACUUUUGAAAAGAAGCGUCGAUUCGACGAAGCGAUCGUUAGCUAUGAAGCUUUGGACCGAUUUCUACACGUAUUUUGUCUCGAUCAUCCAUGCUGGAACGAUGCUGCUGUUAAUCAUAUUCUUCAACGCUAUCAGAUACUCAUCGAUUCAGAAAACAAACUUGCUCCGCGCUUGUACAAGAAAAUGAUCGGUACGUUACUUUCGUACAAACAAAAAAUCAAUAUCCAUUAUGAUACCACCAUUUAUCUGAAAAAUUUACAAGACUAUUACUUGCAAUUAGCAAAAGUCGAGCCGGACACUGCACCUGAUACGUAUUGUGAUCUGCUCGAACUACUUCGUAAACAUCGUCCCGAGAGAAUUGAACAGCAUAUGAGUGAAAUCGUUCAUACACUACAAAGUCGUCCGCAAAAAUUGCUCAUACUGUUGCAGAAAUUUUACAUCGACUAUACACCACUGAUUCGAGAAGUCCACAAGCGAUUACUAAAUCGAUCGCCCAUGUUCGAACCGUUUUCGAAAUGUCCGUGCGAGUUUAUCAAUGAAACAGUUUCUAGUUUCACGAAGAAAGCUAAACGACUUGCGCAAUCAUCGAAAGGUCAAGAAGCUGUCAAGAAACUUUUCCGUGAUUGUAUCAUUUUUCUGUUAGAACUCAAAUCGAUCAGCGACGAGCGGUUCGCUACUUGUUAUCUACAACUUGGCGAUUCCGAACGUGCAGCUGCUGUGUUUGAUCCGAACAUUUAUUGUGAUCUGGCUAAUCAAUAUUGCCCAUCUGCAGUACGUCGAUAUUCGAAAUUUAUUUCUCCGUUGACAUCGGAUCGAACCGAACUUGAACGUCGCUCUCGGGAACAUUUUCAUCAUGUGGACGAUCAAGUUCAAGACCGCUCACUGAAAAAUGUUAUAUGA